AUGGCCCGGAUGGCCGGUCUGUCAACACGGUCCUUCCGACCACCUCGCCAACGUCGAUAUCUGCUGCCAUCUAUCCUUGCUCUCACCGUUCUCUGGCUCUACUACCACUUCAGCAGUGCGGCGGAUGACAGUCUCCCACAAAUCUCGACACCGAAGAUCGGUACGUAUGUCUGGUCGGGAUGGCCCGCGCAGCAGGUCGGCGAUCAGCGGGCCAGCUGGGGCGCAUUGCGCCAAGUUGGAGCGAAAGCACGGAUCAAGCAGAACCUGCGGGCGGAUAAGAGAUACUUGAUCUCGUUCUCGCUUUCUGGGUGGAACAACCAGGUCAUAGAUAUGCUCAAUCACGUACAUCUGGCCGUCAACUCCGGUCGAAUCCCUGUCGUGACACCCUUCUAUCCACACUACGUCCACUAUGAUGAGGCCAUCACUCGUGACCUGCCCGUCGGACGCGUCUUUGAUCUCAAGCGCCUAGCCGUGGCCUUGGCGGACACGCCAAUCGUCGAAGCACACGAGCUCAAGCGGAUCUGGGGAAUGGAGAAGGAGCACGCUGCGGUGGUCUAUGACGGGGAAGUGAAGCAGUCGGCGGGGAAAUGGGGGAAGAAGCUGAAGAAGGGCGUGCGCAUUCCGCCAGAGGACUGGGAGAAGCGAGACGAAACGCUGGGAUGCUGGAGCUUCUACGGCAACUUUGGCGGCGAGGGGUCCGCACCGAUGGACAGAAUCGGCUUGAACCUCGACUAUACACCUCUGCCCUCCACACUUUACCCGGGCGGUUUCAACACCUAUCCUGUCCCCCUGAAAGCCGCCGCCGAGCACUUCCGCCAGACCCACACAUCCGUCCCCGCCGCUUCCCUCCUUACGCUUCACCAUUUCCCGGAGCUCGCACGUCCUACUGUCCUACCAGACGAUCACCUGGCCUGCGUCGACUCGUCCUACUGGAUGCAGGAGACACCGGCGAAAUGGGAUCUGCAUGGGGAAUGGCGGAACGCAGCUGGAGUGUGGCUGACAGUCGGGAGACAUGCCUACUUCCGGGAGGAGCUGCAGGACCUUGCGGGUGCAGCGCUAAGGGGGCUGUUUGGGUUGACGGGGGCCGAGGAAAUACCGCCGUUCAUUGGUGUGCAUAUUCGGCGAGGAGACUUUGGGCCGGAGUGGAUGCACCUCACUCCAAGACACUAUGCUUACGUCGCGGAUGCAGUGAGGCGGUCGAUACAGAAGGACUUGGGCGUGGGGCUGGUUCGCGUCCUUGUCGCUACGGACGAGGAAGAUCCCGACUGGUUGCAGCAGCUGCGUGACUUUGGCUGGUACCUGACGCAAGACUAUGAUGCCUGGAUGGAGACUGCAGCGGACGAUCAAUGGUAG